AUGUCCACUCCCUCCACUCUAAUUAGCAUUACCACUGCCAACAGCUCCCGCCCCGUAAGGCGCAGCUCCAAUGACUCAAUUCUCUCUUCGGCUCUAUCGUCGGAUCACUCAUCGGACGAUUUAGUUGUCACCCCCGAAGCUCCCGCACCUAGUCGUUCACCAGUGCCGCCGCUACAGCCAGUUCCACGUACACCUAACCGGACGGUCCGGUUUGCUCUAGACGAGACUCCUGGCGAUGAUCAGGAGGAAGAGACGGGAGAUCGCUGGACGGCAGAGGAGGAUUAUCUCCAUAGUGACGAUGAGGACGAAGGAUUGCUAGGUCGCAGGCCAACUUCGCAGUUUGAGUUCGGAGAGCUUCUGGAGAAUGCGCGUCCAAAGAGCGGUAUGAAGAUGGCGUUCAUGAAUAUGGCCAAUAGUAUCAUUGGUGCGGGUAUCAUUGGACAGCCAUAUGCAUUUCGACAAGCUGGGCUUGGAAUGGGUAUAUUCUUGUUGGUGGGAUUGACGAUAACGGUCGAUUGGACCAUCAACUUAAUAGUAAUAAACUCCAAACUCAGUGGGACAAAGUCGUUUCAAGCUACCGUCAGUGCUUGUUUUGGAAGACCUGGAUUGAUCGCGAUUUCUGUUGCACAAUGGGCGUUCGCCUUCGGAGGCAUGAUAGCCUUCUGUAUAAUAGUCGGCGACACAAUUCCACACGUUAUAUAUGCGCUCUUCCCAUCUGCGGAUUCCAAUGCUAUACUCAGCAUAUUCACGAAUCGAAGAGCAUGUAUUGUAAUCUUCAUACUUACAAUAUCCUACCCAUUGAGCUGGUACCGUGAUAUUGCAAAGCUUGCGAAAGCGUCUACUCUAGCGCUCAUAUCAAUGCUCAUCAUUGUCCUCACAGUGAUAACACAAGGCUUCACCGUGCCCGAAGAUAUGAAAGGCAAGCUUGGAAAAGACAUGCUUCUAAUCAAUGAUGGAGUAUUCCAAGCCAUUGGUGUCAUCUCGUUCGCAUUUGUAUGCCACCAUAACUCACUCCUGAUCUAUGGCUCCCUCAAAACACCUACUCUGGACCGCUUUGCGCAAGUAACUCACUACUCCACGGGAAUCUCCAUGAUUGCCUGUCUUCUUAUGGCCGUCUGUGGCUUCCUCACAUUCGGUGACAAAACCGAAGGCAAUGUCCUCAACAACUUCCCUUCCAACAACGUCAUGGUUAACAUUGCGCGCUUCUGUUUUGGCCUCAAUAUGCUAACCACGCUCCCGCUGGAAGCCUUUUAUGAAGCGUCAUCUCAUCUUCGGGACCUCGCACGUUGUCUCUGCAAUGGUACUGUCGCUUCUUACAUGUGA